UACCGGAAGCGGAAGUGCAUCUGAUCGCCGGCCUGCCGGCGGAAGCGCAGGGCGCGCACGUGGGAGCUGGGGCUGCUGUCUGGGUGCUGAAGACAUUUCCAUUGCUUCCUGGCACUGGUCACAGGGAUCACCCUGUAUCCCUGAGGUGAGCCCCGGCACAAACUCAUUCACCCACCAACAUGGGCAAGAAAGGCAAAGUUGGGAAGAGCCGACGGGACAAGUUCUACCAUCUGGCAAAGGAAACUGGGUUUCGCUCCCGAUCCUCUUUCAAGCUGAUUCAGCUCAACCGGAAGUUCCAGUUCCUGCAGAAAGCCCGGGCACUGGUGGACUUGUGUGCAGCCCCUGGGGGAUGGCUGCAAGUGGCCUCCAAAUUUAUGCCAGUUUCCAGCCUCAUUAUCGGGGUGGAUCUGGUUCCCAUCAAGCCCAUCCCCAAUGUGGUGACGCUGCAGGAGGACAUCACUACGGAGAAAUGCCGUCAGGCCUUGCGCAAGGAGCUGAAGACAUGGAAGGUAGAUGUGGUACUGAAUGAUGGGGCUCCCAACGUGGGGGUGAGCUGGGUGCACGAUGCUUACUCUCAAGCCAAUCUGACGCUCAUGGCCCUGAAGCUCGCCUGUGAAUUCCUCUGCAAAGGUGGCUGGUUCAUCACCAAGGUCUUCCGCUCCUGUGACUACCAGCCCCUUCUCUGGAUCUUCCAGCAGUUCUUCCACAAAGUGCAGGCCACCAAACCACAGGCCUCCCGCAAUGAGUCAGCUGAGAUGUUUGUCGUCUGCCAAGGGUACCUGGCCCCAGAUAAAAUUGACAGCAAAUUUUUUGAUCCAAAAUAUGCCUUCAAGGAAGUUGAGGUUCAGGCCAAGUCUGUGAGUGAGCUGGUGACCAAGAAGAAGCCAAAGGCAGAGGGCUAUGCUGAGGGUGACACAACGCUCUACCACCGCUUCACACUGAUGGAUUUUCUCAAGGCCCCCAACCCUGUGGAUUUUCUCUCCAAGGCCAAUGAGAUCACACUGGGGGAUGGCGAGCUGGAGCGGCAUUGUGCCACCACUGAGGAGCUACGCCAGUGCUGCCUUGACAUCCGUGUGCUAGGGCGCAAGGAGCUCAGGGCCCUGCUGAACUGGAGAACAAAGCUUCGGCGAUUUCUGGCCAAGAAGCUGAAGGAGCAAGCCAAGGAGCUGGACAUCAGUUUGAGCUCUGGUGAGGAAGAUGAGGGUGAGGAGGAGGAAGCCAAGAAGCCAGCAAAAGCGGCAGCUGAUGACAUGCAUGAGGAAGAGGAGCUGGAGCUGCAAUUGGCCAAGAUGAAGGCAGAGGAGUUGGCCGAACUGAAGAGGAAGAAAAAGAAGAUCCUGAAGGAGCAGCGGAAACGGCGUGAGCGCGUCGAGCUGAAGAUGGACCUUCCUGGCGUCUCCAUUGCAGAUGAGGGCGAGACUGGCAUGUUCUCACUCAAAACCAUUGGGAAGACAAAGCUGCUGAAUGAGGUAGUAAAAGGGGACAUGGCAUCAGCGGAUGUCUUCCUGGAGACUCAGUGCGGGGAGGAGGACGACGUGUGUGUCUCAGAGCAGGAUGAGGCUGAUGCCAUGUCUCUGGCCAGCGACCUGGACUCAGAUGACCUGGCAGAGGUCGAGGAGCAGCAGAAGUGGCUGGAGAAGGCCAGGCGGAAGCCAAAGAGGGUGACGUUUGAUGAGAGGGAGGAGGAAGAGAAGAACCCUCUGCUGGUGCCCCUUGAAGCGAAGUCUGUGCUGGAGGAGAGGCAGACCAGUCUGUGGUUUGGGAAGGAUGCCUUUGCUGGCAUUGAUGAGGAUGAGGACGAGGAUCUGGAGAUCAAGCAGUCGCAGACACUGGUCAAGAGGAAGAGGGAGCCCUUACCAGACAAAAAGACUGAAAAGAGGAAGGGAAAGAAGAAGCUGCCUCAGGAAGGAGAUGCAGCGAAGACCAGGCCUGGGCCUGACACAGGGUCUAACCCUGGUGAAGCCCAGGACGGUGGGGAGAGCAGCUCUGAGGAUGACGAUGACAGCAGCAGCAAUGAGGAAAGCCUGCCACCACAGGUGGGAAGGAAACAAGUGCACUCUGCCCCAGGUGGCAUCGAGGUGGUGCCUAUUGAGGACCCAGUGAAGAGAGCACAGGUCCUGGAUGCAGAGGGGCUCACUCUGGGAUCUGUCAUUGUCACAUCCAAGAAGGCCAGGCGGGAUCUGAUUGAUGAUUCCUUCAACAGGUACACCUUUAAUGAAGCGGAGGGGGAGCUGCCGGAUUGGUUUGUGGAGGAGGAGCUCCAGCACCGCCGGAAGCAGCUGCCCCUGGAUCGGCAGACAGUGGAGGAGUACCGGCAGCGCUGGCGCCAGAUUAACACUCGUCCCAUCAAGAAGGUGGCAGAGGCCAAGGCCCGGAAGAAGCGGCGGAUGCUGAAGAAGAUGGAGCAGAUGAAGAAGAAGGCAGAGGCUGUUGUGAGCACGGUGGAUAUCUCAGAGCGUGAGAAGAUGGCCCAGUUGCGUCGCAUCUAUAAGAAGGCUGGGCUCGGGAAGGAGAAACGCAAGGUCACAUAUGUGGUGGCCAAGAAAGGAGUUGGCCGGCGUGUGAGUCGCCCUGCAGGAGUGAAAGGUCACUUCAAGGUCGUGGACACUCGCAUGAAGAAGGACACGAGGGCUCAGAAACGCAAGGAGCAGAAGAAAAGGCACCACAACUAAUGUGGCAAAUUCGAGACUUAGCCUGGGAGCACUGGGCGAGGCUGGCUCCUAUCAGCACUAGACACCGCUGGGCUGGUGAUGCAGGACCACCCACAUGCCAGGCCUGGCCCUGACUACAUGACGCUGGACAAUGUCUGGGUCUGUCUCCAUUGCAGUCCAGGUGCUUGUGACCACAAGGAGGACAUGGUCAGCUGUGAGGUGUGCUCUGUUUAAUCAGUGCCUUAACAUAGGAGGUAGCUUCCUGUCUAAACCAUGUCACCCUGGGGCAAGCGGCUUUAGCUGUGAUAUUCCCCAAGGCCUUUCUUACACUUGCUGCAGGUGAUUGACUAGCCCUGGCCACGUGGUCUUACUUCCAUGUUGACACCAGAGCUGUAAAUCCCGGGCAGGCCCUGGCCUGAGGCCCACCCCCCUUCCCCACCCUCUUAUUGCGGAGGCCGGUUGAGCCUGCUGCCCCGUGUCUCCCUAUCCCAAGCACACCGUCCUCCCUGCAGCUCCCUGCCUUGCUGGGUAGUGUCUCAGUUUAGGUCAGACUGAUCUCUCCCCUGGGCCAGCUGAACCCCAGGCAGUAGGAGAAGCCACUUGGAGCUGGGACUUGCACCUGGAGGUGCUUUUUGUCUUGGUUACAGCUGGGUGGUAGAAGGGGGCAGAUCUCAUUGCUGUGACCUCAUUAGUGGAGGAGGGAGCAAGAAUUAACAGUGGACAGGGGAUUUCUUUGGGCCAGGUGACCCCUCCCUUCUGUGUCACACGGCUGUUUUGUCUCCAUUGUCCAGUCUCGGGCGAGAGCUGCUCUCCUGACUUGUUCUAGGAUUAAAUCCUGGUCCCUGGGCUCAUGCAUCUCCA